UUGGGUCUUCGUCGCCCAACAGGCCGCCUCGGUUCACAGCCCUCAUUCCCCAGAUCCCCCUCCUCAGAGCACUGCGUGAACAUCCACGAUGCAGUACGUCAGAAACCUCAGCGAGUCUGUCUCGACAGCAUGGAACUCGAUAAACCCAGCCACCCUCAGCGGCGCGAUCGACGUUAUAGUCGUUGAGCAGGAAGAUGGCACUCUGGCGUGCUCUCCGUUUCACGUGCGCUUCGGCAAGUUCUCCUUGCUUCGCCCGUACGAGAAGAAGGUCGAAUUCGUGGUCAACGGGGUGAAGCAGGAUUACUCCAUGAAGCUCGGCGAGGGCGGCGAGGCCUUUUUCGUUUUCGAGACCAGCGAGACCAUUCCUCUAAGCUUGCAAACUUCACCACUGGUGUCCCCAGCCUCCAGUCCGCCACUCCAUGCUCAGCACUCUGCUGUUCCCGCCUUGCAGGAGCCCGAACUGCUCGAACUUAACGGGGAACCCGGGAAGUCUCUCCACAGACCGCGUCCUACCGUCUUGCCUUCCAUAGAAGGGGCAAAUGGCAUGCUCACCCCACGAUCUACCUCUCCUGAGCCGGCCAAGGACCACUUGGCCUCGGCCAAUUAUUCGUCCAUGGGCACCAGACCGUAUAGUGACGACGUGCUCCAGCAUAUAGCACGAAUGCAGCCGAGUGAACAUGACUCCGGGGAAGCCUCGAACGAUGUUGACAACCCACUAUAUUCCGAGAGGUCCCACAGCCCACCGCCUCUGGCACCAAGAGAGGCUUUCGAGAGAGCCAUAACCCUCUCAAAAGAGUUGUCCGCUGUGAAUAUUCCGACACAUAUCACUGAGUCUGGGGACCUGAUGCUGGACAUGACUGGCUUCAAGAACAACGACGAGGACGCCCUCCGCGCCGAGAUACUGGCCCGAAAGGUCUUGGCCGAAGAGAUGGAGGGUAACUACGACAUUGGUGCUCUAUUCGGCGUCGAUGAUCAGGGCAACCUCUGGAUCUACAGCAGUGAGGAUGCAAAGGAGGCCGCCAUGAAGAGAGCGAUGGAAGUCUCUCUGCGAUCCCAGCCCACUCUCGCUAUUGAUGCGGUAUCCGAUCCGGGUUAUCAUAGUGACGGGAGCGAUACUUCGUCGUCUCACAUGCUCCCGUCCCACAGGCGGACAGGGUCUGACCUGGGCCAGUCAGCAUUGCAGACACCUCCGUCGUCGCCUGGUUCUCCCACAGCUGGUGACCCGAACCGCAAUUAUGCCAAGACGCUGCGUCUGACCAGCGACCAGCUGAGGGCUCUCAACUUGAAGCCGGGCGAGAAUUCAAUGAGCUUCACCGUUAACAAGGCAACGUGUUCGGCUUUCAUGUACCUGUGGAAGCACGAAACCCCCGUCGUCAUCUCGGACAUUGACGGGACGAUCACCAAGUCCGAUGCCCUGGGCCACGUAUUCAAUAUGAUCGGGCGCGACUGGACUCACACGGGGGUCGCAAAGCUCUACACUGAUAUCGUUGCCAACGGGUACAACAUCAUGUACCUCACCAGCCGCUCGGUCGGGCAAGCCGACACCACGAGGGCAUAUGUGGCCGGCAUCUCGCAGGACGGUUACCGUCUCCCACGGGGGCCGACAAUCCUCUCCCCAGAUCGAACCAUGGCUGCCCUUCGUCGGGAAGUCUACCUCCGCAAGCCCCACGUGUUCAAGAUGUCGACCCUCCGCGACAUCCGUAGCCUCUAUGGGCCAGGCCGUUCGCCCUUCUACGCAGGCUUCGGGAACCGGUUCACGGACCAAAUCUCGUACCGCACGGUCGACGUUCCGCGAACUCGCAUCUUCACCAUCAACUCCAACGCAGAAGUGUCGCUCGACUUGCUGAGCCUGAACAAACUCAAGCUGAGCUACGUCAACAUGACCGAGGUCGUCGAUCAUUACUUCCCGGCCGUCAGCACCCUGAUCAAGGACGGCGGAGAGGAGUUCACGGAUUUCAAGUAUUGGCGAGACCCACCUCUAGACCUGGACGAGUUCUCGGCGAGCGAUAGUGACGACGAGACCGAGGACGACGGCGAAACCCACGCAGACGACCACGAUAGCCAGUAUGCGGAAGGGGAGGACGACGAUGAGGGGGUCGAUGAGGGCAUGGGUGACAGCUACAUCUCGCGCGGAUCCCUCGACGAAUACGGCGAGGGGGGCGAGAGCAUCAUGAGUGGCAGCUUCGAGGGCGAGGAGCAGUUGAUGCACUCGAUGAUGGAAGACGAGGACGCCGACGAUGAGGACGAAGUCGAAGACGAGGACGGCGAUGCGGCGAAUGGAGAGGAUGUGCAAGUCGAAGAGGACGACCACGACGUGACUCCUGUGCAACCCGAUGGACCGGGUGCGGAACCACAGCUGAGGCACUCACCCCGCGCUGCCGUCCAAGACGUCAAUGCCGAGAUGAUCACGGGUGUCAAAAACCUAUCUCUGGAGAAAGAGGAGGCCAAGUAGGGAGUCGGGAAAGAGGGCCGAUUUGGUCACACAGCGCAUUUCGAGGGCCCGGUUUAAACUGAAAGCAUUUCAUGAGAGGGAUAAGAGCGGUCUAGGAUACAUACCAUGGGGGUCUGGGUUUUUUCUUUUCCUACUAUUCUAGACAUGGGCGUUUCUGGGAGUUAGAGCAUUCUGCAUAGCGAAGCGCAUUGCAUCCUUGUUUCUCUCGUUCUUGUAUUAGGUAGAUCAUACAAAUACAGUCGG